AUGAACGUACACAGCCGUGACACAGCACCUUUAAGUGUGGUCAAUUUCUGUGGCGUGGGACACCAUGAAGAUAUAAGGUUUAUAAGAUUUUUAUAUUUAGAGGUGAUUCCCAAGCUGACAUGGACAUCAGAAAAUAUUUGAACGGCUAGACUAAUUUACCAUCUAGUGUGUCAAUUUACCUUCUCUGAUCAAAACGUUACAUUUGAUCAGAGCAGUUUUGAUGGGCGAUCAUUCUUCACGUCAUCGACGAUGACUAACGUUACUGAUACUUAUUUACUUACUACUUACCUACUUACUUACUUACGUACUUACUUACGUACUUACCUACCUACUCACUUUACCAUCUGUUAUUGAAACGAUACAUUUAUCAAAGCAUUUCGGAUGGAGAAUCCUUAAUGUUUUAGUAGCAAAUUCAUCACGACUCACGAAUCGGAAUGAAGACUACGAAUCGCUCUGAAGCAAUCGAAACUAAGGCCAUGUCCCCACACACGAAUCCAGACAUUUUUGAAACCGCAUAUUUUUAAUCUGGAUUAAACGGUGCCUAUUGAAAACGCUCUGGAGAGCUGUUUCCAAACAAGGCAGUUUCGAUGACCGGAUUCACUGGUUUGGUGUAGACGGAUCGAGUGCUGAUUCGUGUAAAAAUAGUAUGUGGUUUCAAAAAUAUCCGGAUUCGUGUGGGCUGAUGUAGCCUUAUUUAAUCAUUCAGCGCAGAAAGAAUUGUUAUUUUGUCUUUAUGUUUGCAGAUGUUCACUUGGAAAAUGUUUACUGCCAAAUUACUCCAGGUAUUGUUGAUCCUGCAAGGCUCAGCAAACGUUUUUGGAAAACCGGGUUUGAUUGAUACAGCCUUAACAGGAUUUCAGCGAGCCAAGUGUCAGGUAAACAUUUUCAGCGAAAAACUACUGGAUGUAUUAUAGUAUGAAUGUUACGAAUGCGAAACUUGCUUAAAUCUUGUUCCUGUUUUCAUAUCCCUCCCGGGAGGAGGGGGGGGGGGGGCGUACUGGGGUACUGCCAUAUAUGAUACAUGGAAUAUACAGGUAUGUGUUGCUGUAAAGGGAAACUAAUCAAUAGGUUAAAGAUUUAUGUCUAGACGGGGAAAACCAGUAAUUUCAAGAAAAUAAGGAGAGAUUCUGGAAGUUUAGGACUGGUUUAGGGUAGCAAAAUUCAGCCGAACUUCAAUCCUCGUCAAAACUUUUAAGACCGUCAGCUUAGUCUUCUACACGGAUCUGUGUAUUUUUAACUGAUCCCCCUCUCCCCUAGACAGUUUUGGGUGUCACAAUUCAAAAUCUGGGAAUGAUUAUAGGAUUGGACUUCAACUUUGCUCGGUUGGGGGGAGGGGGGGAAACCAAGAAAAAGCAUUAUUUGUUUAUAUGCUGUGGUGACCCUGCCACGUAUAUGUAUGUUACUAUUAUUAUUAUAAUUUUUUUGGCGAAGCUUAAUAAAGAGAGAAAGAAAUGAAUUUACAACUAAGAAUUGUCGGUUACUCGGAAAUACCUAACCAAAAAGAGAGAAAAAGGAAGAGUACUAAACCCUUUUGGCCAGGAUUGUGGGUCUGGUAUAGGCUAAGGGUUCUGGGGUCUGAGCAGCACAUCCCCACUCAAAAAUUCCUAAAGUACCCUUCCCUGGGAUCUUUCCCUCAGCAACUGAGAAGCUCCAGUGCGAAUGAGCAGUUCCCACUUUACUGCAAACCAGGCAGUUUGACAGUGAAAUAUCUCAAUGUGGGCGGAGGAUUGUUCAAGACCAAUGGUUUCUCCUAUCGUGGCCUUGUGCUGCGGACCUUUGAUGUCCAGUUUGAAACCGAACAAGAUGGAAAUGGAGAUAUUGUGGCCCAGUUUAAUGGCGCAAUACUCAAAUGUGAUGGAUGGGCUGCACUUAAAAGAAAGACUUGUACAAUACCGAGAAAUUUGCGCCCCUGGUCAGGGAUCAUAAAAGUGAAGAUAGUAAUUAGCCAUCCAUCCACCAGAUUCCAGAUGGCUGGCACACCAGGUAAAAUUGCACCAGUUAUAAAACUCUUAACUGAGAACGUUCAUCAACAUAAAAAUUACUAGAGAACCUGUCAAACCGGUUAAACACCCUAAAAAUAGCACACCUUAUCUUAAUGAGAUUUCUCCGCAUAAAGACAAAAGGCUAUGACGUCAUCGGCGUCAGUGUAAUUUCCCUUCCAAAGAGAAGGUUGAUUCGGUCUCUAUACUAUACUUCUUACCAUCACAUUUAGAGCUGUCCAUGGUCAUGCAACGAUUUACAUCGCUCCAGCAUACACUCCACUGGCAUUUUAAAAUAACGAAACUUUGGAAAAUUAAUUCAUUAAUUAGCAAUUAAUGAAUUCGGCUUUCGUAGGAAAUGAAUAAUUAAGCAGAUCGAGGAGGGUGUUAUCCACAGAGGCCGAAGGCCGAGGUGGGUAACACACUCCAAGAUCUGCUUAAUUCUUCAUAUCCUACGAAAGCCGAAUUCAUUAAUUGCUUGAUUUUUCAUUCAAAAUAAUUCCUACAAUAGCAUAAAAACAUAGCUAAAACAUGCUUACCUGCAUCGAUGUUACGUUUAUCUUCGAUAGUGUACGUUUAGGUUUGUCCAGCUCAGCAAAUAUUCUCCAAACAGCAGAUGUCGCCCUCCGAGUUGUCUUCUUGCUGUUUUUGCUAUGUUUUUAGCCAUUAUUUCGCCUAGUUCCAGCUGUAGUUCUUACUCUUGAAACGAGUGAAGUGUCCGACAUCUUAGUUUUCACAACAAAAACAACUCAACCUCGUCCCCAGGUCUUCUCGGUUAACGGUGCAUUAACCUGUAGAAGGCUGCAUUUUUGACGUCAUUUCCUUGUUAAACACAAAAUUCUUCCAAAUUUGGUCAUCAGUAACUGGUUAUGGUGAAUUACGCGUGUGCUUUUAGCCAAUCAGAAUUGGGGAAAUAUUUUGAAUGAAUAAUAACACUUAUUAAUGCUUCUCACCUCAACCUCGUCCCCAGGGCUUUUCUCAUAAAAAAUGGGUGGGGCGGGAAAAGGCCCUGGCAUCGGCUGGUCACGUGUCCCCUCGUACACCCUAAAAUCCUGGGUGUAAUAAAUUAGCGCUAUAUGAAAAGCUAAAAUUAUGCUUAACCUCACAGCGCGCGAUCUUGGGCGGCCUUUUAUAUCUCUUGACGAGUUACGAAAAGUUUUACAAGAUUUCUUUUUUGUCACAGAUACUGGCUGUGGUAAUUUUUUGCUUUCCUCCGAUUUCUAUGAAGGAGACAGCGAGGGGUAACAUUUGUAAAACUUCCUUUAUAGAGCGAUAUAAAUGACAAACAUGCUAUCGUACAAGCAUAAAGUUUGUGCUCGCAUGGAAAAGUCCGUUUUGGCGACUCUUUUGAUAUUUUAUUUAUUUCUUGCGAAGUGGACCGCCGUACACAACCUAGUUCUAUUCACCUUGACUCUCAGCCAUAUCAUAGCGACACGCGUUGGUUUAGACUUAUCUAGUAUGACCUGUAUUUUUAAAAAAUUCAUUGACCUCUGCGAGACUUGAGCGAUACCGGAAACCGCGCAUGAAAAGCUUCUGCAUGGCACUCAGGGUAUCAAACGACUGAUAACAAAGAAACACUUGGAUCCAUUUAAAAUUGACAGAGGUGUAGUUGAUUCCAAUCGAUCGGUCAAUCUUCCCUUUGAUAUAAGGAAAUUCCUUUGUACUUAUCCUCGGAAGAGAAAAGAUAUAAGAGAUCUUAAAAUGUUUCAGAUCGGCGACCUGCCAUCGUUCCUGGCUGGAGAGCUGACUUGCAUCCGGCGCGGAGAUUUGUUUGUUUCAUGGUCGGGUUGUAGAGAAGACCAGACUCCAUAAAGCAUUUUGAUGAACAAUUCUAUUUCAAUUAAGUUCAAUUUGUUUAAAUUCACUGCAGAUCCUAGAGGCAAAGGCCCGCAUUUUUGUUUGACAUUGGACAAAAUCACUUUCUGCUUGAUCGUACAGUAAUUCCACAGUCACGAUGAAUUUCAGUCGAAGUACUACUCGAUAACAGCUUGUCUCAACUCUGAAGCAUUUGACAUGUUUUGUACGUGACAACGUAGAGCCGGUACGCCCUUUCAUAAACUCAUACAUGUAGCAUUUGAAUAAUACGUAAUUAAAUGGAUCUUAAGCUUUUGAAUCGCGUGGACGCGAAAAUAUUGACAUACAGUUCGCGAUAUUAUUAUUUUCCAUUGUUGCUCCGUUCGACUUCUGUCAGGGCAAAAACAGCGGGUUGCAUAUAAAUUAGCUUCUCAGGAAUAUUUAGGCUGUGCACGUGACCAGCCGAUGCCAUGACCUUUUCCCACCCCACCCAUUUUUUAAGGGAAAAGCCCUGGGGACGAGGUUGUUCUCACUUAUAUCCCAUAUUCUUAUUUAUACAACAGUUUGUCGGAGAACUGGUUUCACAGGAUAUAACUGUAACCAAGGUAAGGCUGGUAAAUUGCUAAGGUGUCAGUUCUGGAAUAUGUCAGUACACGGUAGGUCACGUGGGUUGCUCAUCUGCCUCGCAGCUUGACUCCACUCUCUGACGCGGAGAUUCUGAGUGAGAGCUUUUGAAGGAGCAAUGACGCAUGAUACGGGGUGUGUUAGGCUACAUUUACAAGGUCGAAUUUUCGACCGUUUGAAACAUUUGACCAGACACUUUUUUUACACAAAACCGUUCAAUAUUUUUGCGCUGUGAAACCGUAAUAUUUCCAAGCAAAGCGUGUAAUAGCACGACUUGUAAAUCAAUUCUCGCAAUAUCUGUUUGCAAUUGUCCUCUCUUUUUCCAACUGAGAAACCACGCAUACAUGCAACCACGGUGUCCACACCUUGCCGUUCAAAUUUUCAACCGUACCGGUCAAAAAUUUGACCUCGAUUUUAGCGUUCAAAUUUUUGAACGGCUAGGCGUUCAAAUUUUCGUGCGGUUAGCGUGGUUCCGUGUCAACGGAACACCUUACCGUAACAAUUUUCGAAUUCUCUUAAGAAGGGAAGAACAACACCCCGUGGAGGAAUAGAGCGAUUUUCGUAUGACCUCGAAAAAUGGUUUCGGUAAGAGUUCGUUAUCUGUUUUAUCACCCAGUGGAUGAAAGAUCAAACAUAGACUCCUCGUUUUCCCGCCAAAGAAAAUCUCAGUAUGAAGAAGGCAUUGUUCGAUUGGCCAUUCGUGUUGCGGUAUGACGUCAAAGCGAAGUAUCGAUUGAUUUCUAGAAAGUUCUUCGGGCAUGAAGUUUUUUCAGCCAAGCGUUUGCUUAACCAACCAAAACGCACGCGCGUUUGUAUCCGUUCGACAAGCGAAUCAAAUCGCUCUAUUUUCGAUCGUUUGUUGUUUCUGUUUUGUUCGCGCGUUUUCACUUCAAAGUCAUACGAAAAUAACUGUAUCAAAUAAUAUAUUUUGUAAACAAGUUUAAAGUAUACUUUUCUCCUAGCCUUAGACUUUACCAUUUCCAGGAUUCAGGUAUAUGAAGGGUAAGGAGUAUAUGUAUAUGAAAGGGUAGGGAAUUUUGUCAUUUUGGUCGGUAAAAUGGCACAAAAGGGCUAACAGAUGCGUUUUAUACAGGGGCUGUGAAAAAAGGCGAGAUAACGUUCUGGUUUUGUAAUUUAGUCAUAUUUUGAAGAAAGGGCAAUUACAGCAGUUACAGCGAUGCUCCGUCACGUGUGACCAGUAAACUGAACACGUGAUCCGAGUCUUCCAAUAAACGCGCUUCUUUGAGUGGCGUAGCGAAGACCACAUUGAAACUUCGGAGAUUUCGUUGAAAUGUAGAAUUCCAGGAAAAGAUCUUCAAAUUAGAGAUGGAAAGUUCGAUACUUGUGGAAAUACUGAAGAAAUAGUGACGUAUGUAACCUCUGGUUUAUCGAGUAUUUAUUUAUUUAUUAUGCGGAGCUUAACCUUUAUUCUUUGUUUACAGUCGAUAAAGCCGGUAAGUUUCUCCCAUCGCACAUGCCAUCUUUCAACAACCUUUCGCGUAUUUCCCUUCCAAACAUGCUAGGUUUGAUCAAUUUGAACAAUUCUAUGGAUUCUAGAACGUUGUCUGAAAGUUUAGAAGGAUUUCUCCGCUCUCCUCGACGAAGGGGAAAAUAUGUGCCGUACGUUUGAUAAUGACGAAUGAUGCGACACACUCCGCCAUAAGUCAACAUCAAAUUUCGGAAAAAUCUCUUUUCGGACGACGACUUGAGAUCUAGAAUUUUCGGAACAUUUCUUGUAAAAUUUCUUGCUUGUCUGCCUCUCCUAGGAUUUUCGAACAUCUAAAAAAUGGUAUAAUUGCCCAUUUUUAACGGAUUUUUACCUUAAAAACGUCACCUAGAAUUUUCGGGAGCCUUUUUUCUGGCUGAAAUUUUCGAAAAGGUAAGUUUUAAUCCCUAUAAUUUUCGGAUCACUAGACUUUCAGCUAGGAAAUCCGAACAGAUGAAAAAUUUUAGCGGAUAAAAAUAUGCCUAUAUCUGGCGUUUAAAUACUAAAAUACGUUUAGCAAUACUAUGUUUAAGUUGUUUUGAACUAUUUUCUCGUUGGGUGCCCAUGAUAAGUAACACGAACUGUUGGUGAGAUUUCCCUCGGUUCCUCUCCGCUCAAAUACAAAUCAACCAUCUGUCUUCUGAUUUCCGUACUGAGAGGUUUACCUGGCCUGAAUUCGCGAUCUAAAGCGUCAUAAUAGGUCUGAACAUUGUGAAGUUCGUUAAAUCCUCAAAUCUUUCUACGGAUUUUGUAAAUUUCGUUUCGAAUUUCCCAGAUCACACCAAAACACCCAAAUAGGGUAAACAAAACUUGAAACGUUGUCUGAAUUGUCGGAAUUUACUGGUCACGCGCGACGGAGCAUUGCUGUAAGAGGGAUGUAAAGUUCUGAACUAGGUAUGUGAAAGAGGUACCAUUUGCCCAUAAAACGUAUACCAAAGGGGAACCUUUUCUAUCAAAAAUGGUAUAUUUAAAGGGUAAGGGGCUGGACCUUGGGGCGGAGCCUUCCCUAUAAAAAACUUGGCUGAGUAUCCCCCCCGGUUCCAAGUUGGCACGUUACUGAAACGGCUGGAAUUUCUGAGCACUACCGAAAUAGGUAGACUGUUUUUUCGUAGACGUACGUAACAGUUGCCGUUAGCGACAAAGGCGAUCGUUUUUGGUCACGUGUCUAUAGAGAUGUUAUCUCCAAGGCAAAUGCACGUGAUAACAUUCCUUCGCAUUUUUUGCUCGCACUUUGGCUGUCUAUCGUCGUUAAUCAUCACUAUAACAAAAUUGUCAAAUCUGAUUGGCUUUCAACUGCCCUGAUUUCAGCCUUAAUUGGACAUUAUAACAUAGCUAGAAAAUUCGCCUAAUCAAAUUCAAUAGCGCGAGCGUGCUUCAUAUUCCUAUUGAGCACGCUGAUGACGUCAAUAAACUAUUCGUAAUUCCUCGAGUUGUUGUGAGCUUAGCAAUCCUGAGUCUCCUGAGUGAAUCCAUAACUCAGCAAUAGACAAUGAAGCGUUUACCAUGUGUUUUGUAAAGAAAUUUAAGAGGAAACGUUUGAAUUUGUUAACCGAUAGUAAGGAAAAGAGGUGAGUGUUGUUGUUGUUGUUGUCAUCUCCGCGAGCUGUGCGGGCUAUG